AUGGCGACUACCAACACUGCUGCAAGCUACUUUACGCUUAACCCUGGCGGCAGCAAUGGAACUCCCCACACCAACGGUACUUCCAACAUCAAUGGCAGAUCUCACACCAAUGGAACAUCUCACACCAACGUUAAAACUGGAAGUUUGAGCUCGGGAUUGUGCUUUCGAAAUAGUCUGCAAUAUGGAAACAAGAUCAUCGCUGAAAAGACGUUUGAGAACUCAGGAGAGGGAAUGAAGGAGAAAGGACAGUUGUUGUUGCCCCAGGGCAAGUUUCAACAAGUACUCAUGAAAAGAUUAGCUGCCUUGGAUCAAAAGGCAGAAAUUCGCCUCGGGGUCAGUGUCACUGGAUUAAGACCGUCACGGGACAGCGUUGAUGUCAAGACGACGCCUACACCUACCUCUUCGCGUCUUGGGAUUGAAUGGAUAGAAGCAGCAUAUCUCGUCGAUGCAUCUGGAGCCCACUCUACCAUCCGAAAAGAGCUCGGUAUCAAACUAGAAGGUGAGACGCUCGCGGCCCAACUCGUAGCCACAGAUCUGUACUUUGACUUUCACAGUCACGGGUUCUAUGAUGCCAAUUUCAUCAUCGAUCCCCAGAGCUAUGGCCUCAUCGGGCGGAUCAGCCAUGCCACAGACUCUAAGCCACCUCUAUGGCGCGUAUCCUACGGCGUGCCUCUGAGUACUACAGAAGAGGAGAUCAAGAAAGAUGUUGACGAAAAGCUUCGUCUUAUGCUCCCAAACAAAGGCAGGAACAGCGAAGGAGCCAUCGACUACGAAAUCACCCGGAUAGCACCCUACAAAGCACAACAGCGGCUCGUUGAAUCACUUUACCACGCAUCCUCUCACACUUGCCUCGUAGGUGACGCUGCGCAUCUAACGAAUCCUUACGCUGGCCUUGGUCUUGCGUCCGGCAUGGCAGACGCCUCGUCCCUCGCUGAAGUCUUGAUUCAUAUCAUGGGCGACAGAGCACUUAACGAGGAGCGGCUACUGAAGGCAUGGUCGGAAGCAAGGAGACAGAAGUUCCUGAGCGCAAUUGAUAUGCCGUCGAGGAUGGCGUACCAGCGUGUCAAGACAGAUGUCAGUACCGACGAGAAAAUACAGGAGUUCAUGAACAAGGAUCCGCUGGUGGGCGCGCUGAAGAAGGGUAUGCCCGUCCAGCCACCCAGUUUGGAAACCAAAGUACAGGAGUUGGAAGGAUGGUGA